AUCGAUUUUCGAUGUAGCUGUAAAUUUAACGGCAACAUUGAUCAAACACAAACGAUAUAGGUUAUGUUUAUCGCUAAAGUUAUUUAGCAAAUCAAAUUUCUCAAAGAAGAUGUCAAUUUAAACUAGAAAUGCUUUUGUUGAUUGAAUAAUGUUAAGUGUUAUGUGGAAAUCACCUUUCAACAAUAAAUCUAUUAAAAACAUGUAACUUUUUAGCGAACCUCAAGUCAUAAAAUGAAAGGUUAAGUUACAGAUAAAAACGAAAGCAUAAAAUUCAUUGAGAUCUCUGGACGCAUGUCUGUAAACAAGAAAUACGGUAGAAAGAAUUAUUUCUUAAAUUAACAAAGACAAAAAUAAGCAAGUGAACAUGUUUAAAAAUACAUUUCAAAGUGGAUUUUUGUCAAUAUUGUAUAGUAUUGGUAGCAAACCAUUACAAAUUUGGGAUAAAAAAGUAAGAAACGGACAUAUAAAACGAAUUACAGAUAAUGAUAUACAAAGUUUAGUAUUGGAAAUAUUGGGCAGCAAUGUUAGUACCACAUAUAUAACUUGUCCAGCAGAUCCCAGAAAAACUUUAGGUAUAAAAUUGCCAUUUCUAGUGAUGAUAAUUAAGAAUUUAAAGAAAUAUUUUACUUUUGAAGUCCAGGUUAUUGAUGACAAGAAUGUACGCCGUAGAUUUCGUGCUAGUAAUUAUCAAUCUACAACUAGAGUAAAACCAUUUAUUUGUACAAUGCCAAUGAGACUGGAUGAUGGAUGGAAUCAGAUUCAGUUUAAUUUAGCUGAUUUUACUAGACGUGCAUAUGGAACGAAUUAUGUGGAAACAUUAAGAGUUCAAAUCCAUGCAAACUGUAGAAUACGAAGAGUAUACUUUUCUGAUAGAUUAUAUUCUGAAGAUGAAUUACCAGCAGAAUUUAAAUUAUUUUUGCCAAUUCAAAAUAAGGCAAAAUGUUAAGUUAGUACUAAUUUCCUAACACUUUACAAAAAUGUUUAAGAAAAAACAAGAAUAAACAACAAAUAUUUAUAAAUUAAUCAAUUUCGUGAUUUUUAUUAAUAGUUCAUACUUAUUUAAUAAAUAUAUGUUUAAUACAUUAACAAAUUACCAUGUUACAACAAAAAUAACAUGUUUCAUUAAAUAUAUUUCAUUUUUGACAUAUGUAUAUUUCUGUUAAACAUUACAGUACAAAUCAUAUUAAAAGAUAUGUUUAUUAAGCAAUGAUGGCAUAAUGCGUGCAUAAGGUAAUUCCGUUUAUAUUUAAUUAAUGACCUUAAUUGUAUUUUUUAUUCAAUAAAAGGUAUGAGUUAAUUGGUUAA